CCUCGCUCUCCCGCCCCUACCUGGAGGCGAGGGAGCCAAGGAGGGGAGGGAGGAGAGGAGGUCCCAGAGAAGAGCCGCCGCGGCACUUCCGGUGGAGCGCCCAGGGAGGCGGGAGGGGCGGCGAAGAGCGCGCCAGUCGACGGAGGGGAAGCGAAGGGAGAGGAGCUCGCUGUGUGUCGUCUCUCCGCGCCGGGCUGCCUCGCCUCGGUCUUCCCCCGCCAUGGCAGUGGACGUGCGGCGCCUCGAGGCCCUCAGCCUCCACCAACUCAACGAGCUCCUGGAGGAUGAGGAACAGCUCCAAAACAUGGCCCUCGAGAUGGAGGAGGCCCAAAAUGUUCAGCUCAGCAAAGACAUGACUCUUGCCAGCAACCGUAGCCUGGCAGAAGGCAAUCUCUUAUACCAGCCAAAGCUGGAUGCGCUAAAGUCUACAUUGACACAAAAGUACCAGAAUCUCCAAGUUCUCUUUGAAGCAUAUCAGAUAAAGAAAACCAAGCUAGACAGACAAUCCAGUAAUGCUUCCUUGGAGACGCUUCUAGCACUUCUUCAGACAGAAGGGGCUAAGAUUGAAGAAGAUACUGAGAACAUGGCUGAGAAGUUUUUGGAUGGCGAAGUGCCCUUGGAUGCCUUUAUUGAUGAAUAUCAAAACCAAAGAAAGCUGGCUCACUUACGGCGAGUCAAAAUUGAGAAGCUCCAAGAGAUGGUGCUGAAGGGCCCCAAAUUCCCUCUGGUGCCUCAGCCAAGAGCGGCAGAGAUGGCCCCGGGACUUCAGGCUUCAGAAGCGAACGCCCCUCCUUCGGUGGUGCCUCGUCGCAAUCCCCCUCCACCUCCUGCAGCAUCCGCAGCCCCAGCAGGACGCCUUCCGACCCCAUUUACAGCUGCAAUGAACUCCGGGCAAGCCGCUCCCUUUUCAGGGAUCGCGUACCCUCCACUUCCCCCACGAACAGGAAUGCCACCUGCAACGCAAAUGCCACAGCCGGGAUACCCAACUCAGUUUGCACACCAGUACCCACCAGCACUUCCCCAAAGACCCCCGCCUCGUCUCCCGCCGAACCCGGGCUUUAUCCUACAAUGAAGAUGCCACUGUAUCCUGACUCAUGUGUCUCGGUGCUGAUCUUUUGACUCCUUAACUCUCAGAAGCAACCUAAAUAGUGGCAAAUUUCCAGUGCUAUGUGCAUAAGAGUGCAAGAAAUUUAGACUGAGGACUGGCGUAUCAGUGUAUCUUGCAAAAAUCACUGGGUUUCUUUUCUCUUCCAUUUACUUACAACCUUUUGUUUAAAUCAAUAGCGGGACAAUUUGAAUCGUGAAAAUGAUGAAAUGCUUCCAUCUUAAGAGGAGAUUUCAGCCAGUGUGGAAGUUCUGCCAUUCCACAGGGAUCUGCUUCCUUUUCCUACUUGGGAAGCGGUGAAAUGAUUCUGUAGAAGGAUCCUGGUUCUGUAGUUUGAGUGGUAAUUGAUCCAUCUGCAUUCUGACUACAGCGAAAUGGGCUAGUCAACACUUGUGCUGACUGGGUGCUUGUGAUAGGCAGACAAUGUUUAAUUUUGUAGUUCAUAGUUUAUAGCACCCGAUACGGGCGUAAAUUUCUUUCUAUACUAAUGCAAUCCCAUUCAUUUCACUCAGUUGCUGCCAGUGUCAGUGGAUCUCUGAAUUGCCUUGUAAAGUAUGUCCUUCAGAAAGCCUCAGGAUUUAAAUACCUCUUGUUUGGUCUUCUCCAGAUUCUCCCACUGCAGCAUGAAGUUUUCCUAACAUUCUUGGCUUGCAAUGACUUUCUGUGUCACGGCAAAGCAAAAUCUGUCAAAUGCAAGUUGGUGUUUUCUGGCUUAGCCUGUGGUUUCUUUCUGAUUUAGCUAGUUAGUUCCUUAGUAUACAUAUUUCCUUUACUUUUUGUCUUUAAGCAAAAGACCUUUUUCCCAAUCAAAUCGGCUUUGUGGAAAUCCACUUCCAAGCCUUUCCCCUUCUGAGCUUGAACACAUACUUUCUUUACAGGCCAUUUGCUCUUCUCCAUAUGAGGAAUGUCUGGCUCUUCAAAUGGUGCUGGACUGCAAGUUCCAUCAUUCACAAACAGUGACAGAACUGACAAAUAGGAAUUGAACCAUGUCGAACAGUCACAAGACCAUACAUCUUAUACCUCUGUUUUGUAAUGUCUGUAAUAAUACUCUUUUUCAAUCUGAUAGUGUUUUUCUCAUCCUUCCAGGGAUUAACUCUUGUUAUUAGAUGGUCUGAGACAAAAUGCUAAACAGCUACUAAAUUAAAAUGUCAUUGUCUUCUAAGAGUAAUCUAGUAAAGGGGGGUUGUUUUUAGAGAAUCAGAAACGUCUUGUAUUUCAGAACAAUUGAAGUUGGGUGGAGGCAGCUUAUUUGCUGACAAACAAUCCUUUUAAAGCCGAAAGGUUUACAGGGAAACAAUCCAUGUCCCAAAUUGAGAGAACCCUCUUCAUGCUCUAAAUAUAAGCUGCUGCUUGCAAAGAACAGAUGGGGGGACAUAAGUAACCCAUUGCAGUGAGAAGGGGAUAGGGAUAAAUAAAUUAUCAUAAUGGCUUAGUGUAUUAAUUACUGUAAGUUUGAGAGGGCAAUAUUAGCAGUAGUCCCAUGGUAUCUGUUUUGAUUUGUGUUUAAGACAGCCAUCAUCACACCUAGACAUCUUAUUGUGUCCAAAACUGAAUUUGUGUAAUGUGUUAAAAUGCACCAUCUUCUGUCUUGAAUAGCCUGUAGGAGGAUUCCCUUGAACACUGUCGCUCUUUAAUUUGGGACUCUCAUCUAAAGGCUUCUUUUGUCAGUGUUGCAUUUAAGUGGAUUAAGACACGGUGUUUGGACAGUGUUGGGUUUAAAUGGAUUAGGAUCCUGCCCUCAGGCAAUGUUACAUUGAGAUGAUUGUCUUCUGGACGUUCGCCAUGCGUGCCCUUCCAAAAGGCAAGGUAUUCCUCAAAGAUGUUCAGGUCAUUAGCUUUUGAGACCACUUUCCUGAUGUGUGGCAGGCAAGUCGCUGUCUUGAUUAUUUGAAGUAUUGUUUCAUUAAGGUGGGUUUCUUAAAUGUAACAGGCAGAGGGAUUACAACAUUUCUUACAUUUGAAGAUAAUGCUAAAAUGUAAUCAACAGACAGCCUCCUUCAACUCAUGUAGCUAUACUUUUCAUGAAGAGGAGAAAUACGCAAAAGUUCUGGAGACGUAUUUUGAUCAGGUUUUUAACAGGUGCAUUUUUCACAGUGCAAAUAUAAAAGUAUGAUGCUGUUAGAACAGUGCAUUGGUUAUUAGCUUGCGUUGUUGUUUCUUUUCCUGAGGAAGCUUUUGGCUUUUGGUGUAUUGUGUCAUUUAACUUAUAUUUAAACAACAGUUGGUGAUUGGUAAUCAAGAUAUUUAUAUCUGUUCUCCAGUUUCCUUUUAUGCUCUGCUUUUUUACUUCACUAUUUCCGCCUCCUUGUAACGAUAGCUCUUUUUGUGAUGACAGAAGCUAAGCUUUUGCCAACUUGUGACUCAGUUCAGCCAUGAAGAGCCUGUGCGGUAUUUAAUCUCUGCCUUUUGAUAAAUUGAGAAGAUUACUUCAGAGCAAAAGGCGAGCCACUUUGUCUGGAGGCCUCUUUCUUCAAGCCAUAAUCUUAUACUGAAUUAUGAAGAGUUAAAAUGUGGACAUUUCUCUGUGACUAAUCAGGUUCAAUGUGCAUUGAUGCCUAUCUUUGAGCUGCCAUGUUCUUGGAGGCCUAUCACGUUUUUUUCCAUGGAGCAUGAGAUCUCAUUCAUAUUCAGGAUUCUGAGGUUCACUUUACCAAGACGCUUUGGAUUGGUUGAAAACCUUGCUAGAUUCAGGGAAAACUUUUUACAUAUAUAGAAAAACUAUCUUUGGUCAAAUCAAAGGUAUUUCAGUGCUUAGUGGAUUAGCACAUUACUACCUUUUCUUUUAAAAAUGACUUGGAGUGUGCCGGUAUUUGCUCAGUAGUAUAUAUACAUUCCAUUCUGACAUGAUUUAGGCUUGGCCUUCGGAUUUUCUGUGCUUCUGAUUGUAUGAACAUUCUUAGCUCAUGAAGCAGCUUUUGUAAUUCCUCCAUCAGACUGUGAGCUCCUAUUCCUAAUGGUUCUUGAAACGAUGCUACUUCCAUGACUUCUCAAAAACAUGGGGAGGACCUCUGUGAAUCACUCCUGUCUAAAAAGGCGGGAGGGGCAGAGUGACUCAAACAUCUGACUUGCCCACAGAGCGAGCCUUAGAAGCUUCAGGAGGGGCCUUGUGCUCAGCCUUGUGUGUGUUGUUGGUGCAGAUGAGUGCUGGAAGCUCAGUCACGGGGGAGGCCUGAAGCCAAAGGUGUUACUCAUUCAGCAUGAGGAGGUGUCGUCAAAACCCAAAAGGCAAGCAUGGUGCUAAACAUAUCCAUCUCCUUCUCUUAACUCCUCAUUCAAAGCUCUUUUUUUCAUCCUUAUGUGGCAGGCAACUUUCCUUGGUGCUAUCACUUGCUUGCCACCCCACCAAAUUAGAAGCAACAGACACAGAGCCCUGUCUUGGAGUCGUAGUUCCAGGACCCUUCACAGUCUCACAAAAUUCCCUUAUAGCUACUCACGUUCAUGAUGUAGCAUUAGCCUUAGUCUGCAAUUUCAGGUUAGCUACCCAUUUAUACUACAAGAGCAUAAGAGGCACACAAGAGAAGUCAUAACCCCGUCUAUGGAUUUCACAAUGCAAGUUGUGACCUCCUGGAGUACGAAGAUUGCCUCUUUCCCUGAAGAAAUAGCUUGACAAUGUGUCACACUAUUUUCAAAUGGGACAUUUCUGAACUGCUCAGGGAUGCAUCAUGCAGAAGACAAUGACAUUACAACCAGCUGAACCGAUGCCAUUUUUUCCUACCCAGAAGCAAUGUGUCAUGGUGGAGCCGGACCUGAUGUGUGCCUUAGGAUCAGUUUGUGACUUGUUGGGAAAGAAAGAGAACUGUGUGACUUCAGCUUAGCAGUUACUCAACUGCUGAGGACUCCUCAUUGCCGGAAGAUGUGGAGCUAACUAUGAGUCGGUAUGUAUUGUGUAAAAUGAGGAAUGCAGAUCUCUGGUAGGCAACUGUUCUUGGAUGACUAGCAAAACGAUGGGGCAGUGCUUGUCCAGCCUGUUUUCGUGCAAAAUGUAAUUGGAUUCAAAUUGCUGGAAAAGGGACAUUUAAUGUUGUGCAAGAAAUACUUAAAUGCUCGUGUUUAAAUUUAGGGGGAUCUGGGGCAGGAUCAUCACAGUGGAUGCUUGUUGGGAUGCCAAAACCACAUACGGCAUAUCCAUAGGUGUGAGCCCAAGAAGCAGUGGUAGAUGAAGGAGGGUUGAAUCUCAGUGGAGCGGCUUGGUCAGCCCGUGAGCCCUUGGCCUCUUUUGAGUUGCAUUGAAAUAAUAUUGUUAUUCCUAGUGUUUCUUUCUGGCAGAAGAGUGAGAGGAGCAGGAGUCUGUAGCAGACAGGUGGAUGUGAAUACUGUCAUGUCAUCAUCUUGCUCAUAUCCCAGUAUUGUCUGGUUUCCUUCUGCUAAAGAUGCAAAUCACAAGAAUUUGCAUCUGGACCCACUGACUGGGAUGAGCAAUACAGAAAGGGGUGGUGGUGGUAUUCGGGUGUUUCCUGGUCUAUGGACCGCUCAUUGAGUAGAAAAGGUCGGGACUAACUCUCAUCCAGGUUAGAAGCAGUGUGCUUAGAAUAUUUUUUGAAAACACUCCUGCAUUAAGAUUUUACAAAUUAAAAACUACUACCUGAAUGCUAGUUUGUUUUGUGAAUUAAUAAUAAUAAUAAUAAUAAUAAUAAUAAUAAUAAUAAUAAUAAUAAUUUUAUUCUUGUAUCCCGCCCCAUCUCCCCGUAGGGACUCGGGGCGGCUCACAUGGGGCCUUGCCCAACAUCACAAUAUAAAAACAAAUCAAAACACAUAAAUUUACAACAAUAAAUCAACAAUAUCAGUAAAACCAUCAUAAAAACAAUAUUGCAGAAAAAAGCGUUAAAAACAGAUAUAAAACACAAGUCUAGGCCAAAGGGCGAAUAUAUAUCAAAAUGUGGCCCCGCCUCCACAGGGGGAGGAGGGAGGAAGAGGACCCUAAACCAGCCCAUUUUCUGUUAAAGUCUCCCAUCGCUGUUUUAACAUGUAGGGCUCUCGGUUUAGCUCAGGAUACAUCCGUGCCAUCAGAUGCCAACGGUGUCCAUGUAAACGGACGCCCUCCAUUAGAAUCAUAUCUUCAGCCGAGGUCCAUCUCUGGCGGAGGGGCCGGCCGGAGACCCGGGUCCCAGGAGCCUGGCUCAACUGGGGCCUCUCGAAAAAGGAAAGAAAAGGCUUCGGCCAAAGACUCGUCCACGUCGUCCUGGGAUGGUGUUGGCCUUGUUUGCUUUGACGCCGGGUAAUAACGCCUCGGGGUCCGUUUGCUCUGCAGCCACGGCCUGGUGCGUCUCCGCUGCGGCGGCCGAUGAGGUCUGUGGUCCCCUGCUGCCUGGUCACCGGAGGGCGUUGUUAGUUCUUCGGCCGGGGCCUGCACAGGACCUUCUGAUGUCAGAGUCGAAAGCGCUGUAGUGAAAAAGAUGUCCUCAUCUUCAUCCUCCUGCCUCUCGGCAAUCUCUUCAAGGAAUGUUUCCUUGUCUUGGCAGAGGGUCCUGAUGAUCUGGAGAACUUCGAGUUGGAAUUUUUUGAAAUCGAAUUCUUUUACUGUUGGAGUGGUGACAUCCUGAGAGCAGAAAACAUUUUGGAAGAUGGCGAUCAUCGCCUUUUACAAACCUUUAACAAUAUUGGCAAGUAGCAGGAUGUUACGUAUUUGAAAUAAAACGCCAGGUUGUAAAUUGCUGGACAUUUCUGCAACCGUCAUUCUCUCAGAACGUUAAUGUUAAACAUUAAAUUUAAAUGGUGUUAGAAGAUAGAGUGAAACCGUUUUAGUGUUCAGCGAGGGGUGUUGCUGUUUCUUAAAGUGCAGGAACGAAGUGAGUUCUUAAUUUGUUUCUACAUUUGAAGAAAUUUUUCUGUUCUGUCGCUUGUUGUUCUGUUCUCCCCCGUUUUGAGCGCUUGUGGCAGAAGGGACUUCUACAUCAUUUGUACAAAACCCAAGAAAGGCAUCAGUUGAAGGACACCAGAGUGUUAGGAGCAGUUGGAGGGAGACUAUUUGUUAUGCUUUCACUGCCAACUCUAAGCUUGUCAUGGAAAACCCUGCUCCCUCCCAGUUAUUACUGGUCAAGAUCAUUUGGUAUGCCUUUUCUACCUGUCUCUUGGUCCCAGAUGCGAUGGAAUGUCUUAUCCAGGUUGUAUUUCUCCUCCUCUUAGGCAGAUGAUUGUUUUGAAAGAAGUGAGCAAACACAAAGACUCAUCUUUGGUUCCCUAAAGACUUAUUUUCCUGUGAUCUUCAUGCAGCCACUUCCAGUGGAGGGCUGGUAUAACCCCUUCAGUUUUCUACGGGAUCUCAACAUUCUGUGGGUUUGGUAUAUUUAAAGUUUUGAAGUGUUCAAAAUUGAAAUUUCAGACUUGAAAAUUUGAAGAUGAAAGUCAGUAGGUUUGGACAUAGUUUUGCAUCUUAUACCAAGGGUAACCCUCAGGUCUUGUGUGAUUGUCCAUCAGCUAGAAGCCAGUUGCCCUUCUGUUAGGAAUUGCAGGGCCUCCCUGGGGUCCAGAGGGAAUGCUGGUUAGCACAGCAUUCGUCUUAUUUCCUACCAGCAAACAAAGGACCUGAUAAGGCACUAGUUUGCCCUCUCACUGAGCUACCAUGCAGUGCAGUGUUCAGUCCCUAUUGCUUCUGACGGUUUUAUUGCUUAGUAUUCUCUGUAUAAUGUUGAAGUACUUUGCGUGCUAUUUUUGGUGGACAGAGCAUACUGAAAUGUAAUAAAUAAUAGUUCUUGUAAGAGUGAGUCUGAAACAGUUAAUGCAACCACUUGGUAACAAAUAAGCCUGCAUCACCUCUCGUUUUCCAGGCCACAUUUCACUCUGGUUAUAAUACUGUGGCUCCCUCUGAAACUUCUAUGUUCCUUCUUAGUUACUUGGGCUUACACUGAUGCCCAAGGUUCUGUGCCAGUGGCCAGAGCAGUUUGUCCUCCCUGGAAGUGUAUUGCGUUUGGGUAAAUCCAAUUCCUAGGUAGGUCUGAAAAAGAAAAGGUGGUUCCUUACCUUGAAGGGCCAUUCUAGAUCCCUGAGGACACAUUCAGACCCAUCCAGUUGUAACAUUAUUCUGGAGGACUGGUUAACCUGACUCUGUGAUGUUUCUGCUUGUCCAGUUAAUUUGUUUGUUCAGUGAGGUACUUUUUAAAAAUCCCUUCCUGAUUGUGUCCUCCUGUCUUCCAUGCAUGGCUAUAGAAAGAAUGGGAGAAAACAGCUAGAGAUACAGUUCUGGGUCAUGUCAUUGCACCAUUGCGCAUGGGAGGCAACCCAUAGCGGGGUGUCACCUUGGCGGCCUUGAAUGGAUUUUCAUGGUAACGGUUUCCUUUGCUGGCCUUUUAUAUAGGAUUUGCAAAGGUGUGUGUUAUCCCUUCUGUACAUUUACAGCAGUGUUUCUACAAGCCAUUCAACCCCCCCCCCCCCCCGCCCACACACACACACAAGUAAAGAAAGCCAUCUUUCCUUGACAGAGUUUUCCUGGGAGGGAAAUAGCCACUUUAAAAAUACAGCAAUCUUAACUGUCUUUUCUAAAAGCAUAGAGGGGGUUUGUGGUAAAGCAGACUUUUGUAAUCUACUUGCUUGACAUUAGUCAUAGCCUAUUUCUUGGUUUGUAUGUACCAAGGGGGGGAAAGGGGGUAAAUUUUGCAAACUUAGAGGAAGCCACUAUAGUGUAGUAUGUCAGUGGGCCUAUAUUGGUUGGAACAUGGAGCAGGUAACGUCAGAUGGAGGGUAUCCCCAUGUGUCUCAGAACAACAUUCUACCUACAGAACAAACCAGUUACAGUUCUAGCAAAAUUCCUUUCAUUUCGGGAAGUUGGACUAUUCCUAAUGUAAGAAGGUUUGUAAAUGCUUCCUUUGUGUUGUACAACGGUUGGGAAUGUGCUUUAAGAACAAGCUUCGGCACUCUAAGCGGUUCACUUUCCUUGAUAAAUUGGCUGUUUUUAUAAAAUACUGACUUCGGUGAUUACUCAUUAAAAGAAAUUCUAAAUUUUGUACAA